AAAUUAUGAUUAUCUAACAUAUUGAUAUCAACAUUAGCUAUAAUGGCGAGAAGAUACGACACUAGAACGACAAUCUUUUCACCUGAGGGCCGUCUGUAUCAAGUUGAAUACGCUAUGGAAGCGAUUGGUCAUGCUGGGACUUGUCUUGGCAUUUUGUCUACAGAAGGCGUGGUGCUUGCCGCUGAGAAAAGAUACACUAACAAGCUCUUAGACGAAGUUGUUUUGUCAGAGAAAAUUUACAGACUUGAUGAGAACACAGCAUGUAGUGUAGCUGGAAUUACAUCUGAUGCCAAUGUGUUGACAAAUUAUCUCAGAGUCACUGCACAAAGGUACUUGUUAACAUAUCAAGAACCAAUGCCAGUGGAGCAGCUUGUAUGCAGCUUAUGUGAUCUUAAACAGAUGUACACACAAAUUGGAGGGAAACGUCCAUUUGGUGUUUCUGUAUUGUACAUGGGCUGGGAUCGUCACUAUGGUUACCAGUUGUAUCAAAGUGAUCCCAGUGGAAAUUAUGGUGGAUGGAAAGCUACUUGUAUUGGAAACAACUACACAGCAGCAAUAUCGAUGUUGAAACAGGACUACAAAGACGAUUGCAACUUGGAUGAUGCUCUCAUGUUGGCUGUGAAAGUGUUGAAUAAAACGCUGGACAGCACAAGGCUGUCUGCUGACAAAGUUGAGUUUGCUGUUUUGACUCGUGAGGAUGACAAGACUGUGAUUCGUGUUUUGAGUCAACCUGAAGUUGAUCGUCUACUGAAGAGACAUCAAGAGGCAGAAGAAGCAAUCAAGAAACAGAAAGAGCAGAAGACAUAGAUACACUAUUAGGCAAUGAUGUAGAGCCAUUCAGUCAGUCUAGAAUAGUUUCAUUGGCGUUGUUCAGAAGUCAAUUUAAGUUUUGUUUUGAUUGAAUGGAUUGAUGAUGAUAUACACUAA